CGGAUCUUCUGCUAUGAUCUUCUGUCUCGUUCUGUCUUUUAAGGUUAUAUUUGAAUUCGAAUUUAAGCGUCGAAUUUCUAUCCAUAAUUUUAGAAAUACAGAAUUUACAAACCUGAAUUAAGUUUAAUAACAUUUGUGUUUUGUGUUAUAAAAUAUCUUAUCAUAUGUAAAGUCAAAAGAUAUCAUGAGCAAGCCUACAAAACUGAAUGAAACAAUAGUGAAAAUGGUUAAAGAUUUAAAAGCAACUGGCAAUAACACCAGUUCAGACGAAUACAAAUGUUCACCGUUAAAACGUUCGGCGAGUACAAAUUCAUUUGAAAGCAGCAUAGAUGACUUAACACCAGUAAAGAGAAUUAAACGAGAAAGUAUUUUUAAUUUAUCCUAUGUUGGGUCUCCAAGAGAGAUGAGGCGUUUAAGAGCCGAUCUAGUUGAAGCUAGGAAUAGCAUAAUUGAUUUGGAGAAUCGGAUAAAACAUAUGCAUAAUGUUAGAAAGGAAAUGCAAUUAAUGUUUGAUAAUGAAACUCAGAGUCUUAAAAGACAGCACGAAUAUGAUAGGAAGUCAAUUGAAGAACUUGAAUUGCAACUUCAGAAUAUUAGAAAAAGGGAAAGUGAAUUUAAGAAAGAGUUAUCUGAGGUAAAAGAAAAUUAUGGUAAUAUUAAGAUUAUAACAGAUGCUAAAAUUAGUAAACUAGAAAGUGAGCUGGCUAAUUUAAAGGAUGAAUCCAAAACUGCAGAAUUAGAAGACAGUGUAGAAUCAUACGCAUUAAAGAGAAAGCUUUUGGAAUUAGAAACUGUUUUACAAGCUGCCCAGGAAGAUGCGGAAGCCCAAAAAAAACUGUCUUCAGAAUUAAGCAAAGAAUUGACUGAGAAGAAUGCUCGUCUUAGAGAUAUGGAAAUAAAGGAAGUUGCUCUUCAGAAAGCUAAGAAUCAAAUAAGAGUAUUAGAAAGUGCUAAGGAAGAUUAUUUAGAAUUUCAAGAGCAAGCAAAGAAUCAAGCACAUAAGUUGGCAAGAUAUGUGGAGUUAGAAAAAGAGAAUGAGAAGCUUCAAGAUGACUAUGCAAGAAUGAAGGCAGAUAUUAAGAAUAAGAUUCUUUUAGAAGAAGAGGUUCACGAUUUAAGGAAUCGCCUUACCAAAUAUAAAGAACUAGAAAAAACAGUUGCAGAUUUACAAGCUCAGGAUUCACAAAAUCAGUUAUAUUUAAAUGAGUGGAGAGCAGUGGCUAGAGGAUUUUGUGAGAGCAUGGAUGAUAAUGCUUUACUUCCACACCUCCUGAGAGCUGCAAUUGAAAAACUACAACAACAAGAACUCACUCUCACUGCUGAAAAAGUCGAGUUUGAAUUUCAACUUAAAGCAGCUCAACACGAUGCUAAAGUAGCCAAGUCCGAACUAGAAAAGAAUCAAAAAUUACUUAGCGAUCUUAAAGCAACUGGUGACCAAAAACAAGCCUUAAUCCACCGCAUGCACCGUAAACUUUUAUUACUCAGUCGUGAAAGGGAUAGUUAUAGAUUACAACUGGAUUCUUAUGAGAGAGAUCUUACAAUAAUGGAUGCAACCAAUGAUACGCCUGGGGCAAAACUAAUACAAAGCCAGAAAGAACGCAUUGAUAAUUUGGAAAAGGUAGUUGAUGGUUACAGAGACAUGGUAGCAAAAUUAGAAAAUGAUUUACAAGUUGCCCAACCUCAACUAUACUCAGAUGUAUCAUCUGUAAGAGCAGAGCAACUAUCGAGACUUCAAGAUGACAUAGCCAAACUAAGAGAUGAAAACAAUUGGUUGCGUCAACAAAAAGAUAGAUUGGAUUCAUUAUUGGAAGGCCAGGAUACUUUCCAAGGACAAAUAGUGCAUUUGGCUAAUAAUCCUCUUUCUGAAUGUACUACCCAAAAUGCAAUCUUGAUUGAACAAUUACAGCAAGAAAACAUUAAACUAAAAAACAAAUUGAAGAAAAUGGAAGAGGGAAUUGAAACAAGUUCAAUUGGUGACAUAUCAAUAUGCCCAAAAGAAGUUCAGUCAUUACGAGAACAAAUAAAGAACAAUGAAAAACAAAGUCAAAGACUUAAAGAUUACUUCAAGUCUUCCAUGCAAGACUUUAGAAACAUUAUUUAUAUGCUGUUUGGAUAUAAAAUUGAUAAACCUUCAAAUUCGAACAUAUAUAAAUUAAGAAGUAUGUAUGCUCAACAAGCCGAAGAUCAGCUUUACUUUGAAGUUAAUCCAGACGGGGACUUGAACUUGCUUGAAAACGAAUUUAGUGCCACUUUGGGUCCCAUGAUAGAUUUACAUUUGAUUCACCAAAAUUCUAUACCAGUCUUUUUGAGUGCUAUCACAAUGGACUUAUUUAAUCAGAGAACUAUAACUAAAGCCUUCUAAUUUACUUAAGUUUUUUUUUGAAAUGUGCAAAUUUCAGUGCAUCAUUUUUUUUGUCAUCAGUUGUUCUGUCAUAAUAAACAUAGUAUAAUAAUGA